AUGGAUGACUGCAAAUAUGAAAAUAUUACAAUUGACCCUAGCGACAAAUCAACAUAUGGAAUCGUUGAAAUAGAUCAUUAUGAAUUUCAAUACAAAAGAAACACCUUAUCAAAUCUAAAAGAUGACAAUAAUACCGUACGUGGUGUAAUCUUUCCAAAGAGUUUAAAUUUGGAUAAUGAACCAUUAAUAAGAUAUUUGGUUCAGGUCAAAACGAAAAAUGUUUCAAAGGAUGCAAAAAGUUCGGAAUUAUUAGAGGAUGCAAUAAAACCAAAGAACAUUGAACGAUUUAACAAACAAUUAUUGGAAGAUAUUUUAAAGAAUUACUAUAUUCAAUUGGGCGAAUUCCUACAAUAUCUCAAAGUUAUUAAGGAAGAAACAGAAAUUGCUCAAGAGCUAGCAAAUGUUCUUAAAAAUCUUAUUAGCGCGGACAUUAAAAAUGGCAGUUUUAAUUUAGACAAUUAUUUUGGUUAUUUAAAUGAUUUAAUUCCUAGUAAUAACCAAAAUAAUACUAAUUCUGCGGAAACAGCUAAAAAAGAUGCUGAUUCUUGGAAUGUUCAUGAUUUUGUAUUUCAAGCUUUUCGUGACAACGCAAAGCAGCAAUGCGAAGAGUUUUUGACAAUUGAUUAUGAACUAACUUGGGAAAAUCGUCCACCACAGUUUAAAGAUUUCAAAUGGAUGAAAGCUUUUAUCAAAUUAAUAAAUAAUGAUAAAUGUUGGAAUGAAUUUUCCAAAAGAAUCUUUGAGAUAAACAGUAUUGAAAGACCUAACUCUAAACAAACAAUUGGCCAAAAUGUGAAUUAUCAUUUGGCUCAAUAA